CUUCUUUCUUCCUGUGGCCAUGGAAGCUCUCUCUUUCCUCCGACUCUUGUGGAGACCCACUCCCACCGUCGCAACGCCGGACGAAACGCGUUGCUCCCCUGCGAAAACGGCCUGCGGGUCCGACGACGAAGACGACUCCUUUUUCGUGCUGGAGCUCGCCCGCUACGUCACCGACAGCGGCUCCGAAGACGGAACUGGCUCUAGCGCUGCCACUUUCCUCAAGUCCAACGGGUUAAGACAAACGAGCUCGGCCGAAACCGAGGCCCGCGGCGCUUCCUGCUAUUUCUCUGCCGAUACACCUGCCGUCUCUCUGUCUCCGUCUCCCGCCGCUCUCUUCUCCAAGCGGAAGAUCCUUCCCAUGGAAUCGACUCCCCAGCCUCAGUCUCCGAUCUCGCUUCUCAAGUCGUCUCCCAAGCUUCGAGUCUUGAUGUUCAGGAGGUCCAAGUCCAGGUCCCUGGCCGCCCAGAACGUCAAAGCAGAGGAAACAGAGCUCAAAAGCGGCGCCAGCAGGAACGUCUUCUUUGCUGUCCAAUCCAGAGAAGCACAACCAGCUUCUCCGGCGACCGAUGACGCCUCGAAGAAGCAAAACAAGAACAAGCGAACCCCGAGUCCUUGGCGCGGUAAACUCGCGGAGAGCUUCUCCUCCGGCGAUUCUAGUUCGAAGCGGCUUUCGAAGGACGGGUUGCAGAAGUACUUGAAUCUGGUGAUGCCCCUGACCGUUGGCAUCUCCAAGAGAUACAGCGACACCGUGAAGUUCCUCUCGGCCGAGUCGCCGCUGACAUUGCCGGCGUCGUCUCCGGCGACGGCGGCAUGCUCUUCGCCGAGGAUGGGGAAGGGGUUUCGAGUGAGGCCGAAGCACCUGCUGGCCAAGAGCAAGUCGGCGACUCUGGCGACGACGAGCGUGACGUCGUCGCCGGCGAGGAGGGACGACUCGCAUCAACACGAUGGGAUUCAGGGCGCCAUUUUGCAUUGCAAAAAAUCAUACUACUCCUCGCGAGAUGGGUCUAUCUCUAUGCUAUGGCGGUCAGCAAGCGAUCCUUCCUCUCAUGGAAAGCCAGUCGAUACGAUCUGAGCUUCAACUACGAAGCUAGCUUGGAGUCAACUAUGCCCCAAAAGACAACACAAGAAGCGCGGCAGAAGAUUAAGCACGAACGAUGUUCUGCUCUGUACCUGAGUUUUCGUUUUCCAUCAGGGAAAACAGAGUACUUUUGUGCUGUAGUUUCUCAGCUUUUGUAAAUGUUCUUUAUAAAAUGAUCAGUGUUGUAACUUUGAUCGUGUGAUCGGUGUUAAUAGUAAUGGACGAUCUUCCUGCU